AGUUAAACGCGCGCUACCACAACAGCAGCAGUGCUGAGGAAACUUGCGCUCUUUCCUGACAAAGCUUUCGAGUGUCGCUUGUGCCCGCGGCGGUGCAACGUCACGGUAAGACUCGCGAUCUGAGAGACCAAGAUUGGAACCUUGUUUAGUCCGAGAUAAGUUCAUCGUUUCCAAACACUCGUGAACGUGUUUAACAAUACUUGACUGAAAAUACAAUAAUGAAGGAGGAGGAAGGCUGCACGGCCUCGGCCAUGAAAAAUUCAGACGAGAAUGAAGAAGUAGAAGCGGAUGUGCCAAGCAAUAAACGACCGACUCCUUACUCUCCCACACGCACGUGUAAAACUCCCAGAGUUGAAGGAGCCAAGUCUGAGCCCCAGACGAACAAUGAUUUCGAAUGCGGAGAGUUCAAUGAUAAUAUUCGAGAUUGCAAUCAAAGUUUUUCCCCUCCUCUUUUAAAAAUGGAAACCAACCCCCCAGAUGCCACGUCUCCGCUUUUCCCAGUGUCGCCUGGACGAAUUAGGUCACCGAAUCCAGAGUCGACUGAUGGGUAUCCCGAAUUUUCCCUACAGCCAACUUCUUCGUUAAUUCCACCGGCAUUGUUCCAACACGUUCAGAACCCUUUAAGAGCACCUACUGUGCUUCAUCCUAUUCCAGAACAUCACAUGCACAAUUCAUUACAAUAUCAAUCGCCCAACCCCCGCAAUCACGCUGACUUCCAGCACGCAGCAGCUGUUGCACAACUGCAUAAUCUCCAGCACCGUACCUUUCACCACGCUAAUCAUCAAGCUAAUUUACAACAGUUCCUGGCAAAUAGUCUAUUGCACCACCGCCAACAGCAACAACAUCAGCAACAGCUCCAACAUCAUUUAACUGAUAAAAUUAGAAAUGAACCUCGCAGCAAGAAGAAUAGCGGCCAUUCUAAAAACGUCACCAGCUCUCGGUCCUUGCCUUCUUCUCCAUCUCUGCGAAUCCGAAGAUCGCCAACAAGAUCAAUCAAGACUGAAGACGAAGAAGAGGAAGAUACAAAAGACGGCCGAUUGUCGCCGGCUUCUCGUCAUUCCGUUGACGAUGACCAGCAGUCCUCAAAAAACGAUGGAGCUACAACGGAAACGGAGACGACGAAAGAAUCUUGCAAAGCUAAAAACUCAAAAAGUGCAAACGCCAGAAGUGCAUCAUCACGAAAUGGUACGAGUAAACAAAAUGACGAUAAAUGCGAGGAGAAAGUUCCGAACGAUGCUAACACAGACUCGCGAAUUACAACCCCAUUUUCAGUGCUGGACAUUUUAGAUCCUCACAAGUUUACCGGCCGCCACUCGGACGACGAGCUCAUGAUGCAGGAUCUGAGAGACGAUUCAUCGUCUGAACGCCACGACGAUGACGAGGAUGGAACAUUUAUAUCGGUUUGUUCGGACGACGAAGACCGCGGCAGCAUCGCGAGCGGCGAGUCUUCGGUGCGCCAGAAAGACGACCAAUCUGACGGCGGGGGCAGCGGCAGUUCGGGCCCUGGCAGCGGCGGCAGCAACGGCGGCAAGCCACGCCGUGCAAGGACUGCCUUCACCUACGAGCAGCUCGUGUCCCUCGAGAACAAAUUCAAACACACGCGCUACCUGAGCGUGUGUGAGCGUCUCAACCUCGCACUCGCUCUGAGCCUGACCGAAACCCAAGUGAAAAUUUGGUUCCAGAAUCGACGUACGAAAUGGAAGAAGCAGAACCCGGGGCUGGAUGUUAACGCACCCAGUAUUCAUGAACCCCCGCCCCCCAUGAACCUGCACAGCUCCCUGCUCCAUCCACCCCCUCUGCUGUGCCCUGCUCCUCUGGCUUACAGGACACUCGGUCCUCAUCCUGCCAACCUCACCGCCCUCUACCUCCACCAUCUGGCCAGGUAGCCUGAACCACCACCACCUGGCCUGGUAGCCCGCACCAUCUGGUAGUCUAUUUCAACUGGCCUCGAUAGCCAGGUGGUACGUGGCCCAGUUGCCCAGACCACCAGGCUACAUAUCCUAAACCAACUGGUUCGCUAGCCAACUUCAUCUAUCUUGGUAAUAUGUAAUUAACGCAUAUGUACCGGUAGCCUACACCACCUGAUUUAUUGUACUAUUCUACCUAUCUCACUUGCCUAC